UUGGGUCAUGUGUCUUGCUUCCUUAUGAUGGCUGAAACGCAAGCUUUUCCCGUAGCUCGAGAGCAGGCUGAAGAGUCACCAGACGAAUCCAAUGAAGAAUCAGAGGAGGACGACAGUGAUGAGGAACCAAAGCUAAAAUAUGAAAGACUAUCCAAUGGUGUGAGCGAUAUUUUGCAGGAAGAUGCUGCAAGUUGUAUGACUGUACACGAGAAGUUCCUGGCAUUAGGAACGCACAAUGGGAAGGUUUAUUUGCUUGACAUUCAAGGAAACAUGACACAGAAGUUUGACAUUAGCUCUGUGAAAAUAAAUCAGAUUAGCUUGGACGAUAGUGGAGAAAAUGUUGGAAUCUGCUCAGAAGAUGGCAAGGUACAAGUAUUUGGUCUAUAUUCAAGGGAAGGACUACAUGAAAUCUUUGACUGUCCAAUUAAAAUUGUUGCUGUUCACCCUCAGUUUGCAAAGUCCAAUUGUAAGCAGUUUGUAACAGGAGGAAACAAGCUUCUGCUGUAUGAGAGAACAUGGCUGAAUCGUUGGAAGACAACAGUCUUACAUGAAGGAGAAGGGAAUAUAACCAACAUCAAAUGGAGGGGAAAUCUUAUAGCCUGGGCUAAUAAUAUGGGUGUGAAGAUCUAUGACAUCAUGACACGGCAAAGGAUUACGAAUGUGCCCAGAGGGGACACGAGUCUCCGUCCAGACAUGUAUCCCUGCAGCCUGUUCUGGAAAGAUAAUUUGACUCUUGUUGUUGGAUGGGGAAAAUCUGUUAAGGUCUGCUCAGUUAAAGAGAGACACGCCAGUGAAGUAAGAGAUUUGCCCAGUCGUUAUGUUGAAAUAGUUUCCCAGUUCGAUACAGAAUUCUUCAUCAGUGGAAUAGCUCCUCUCUGUGACCAGUUUGUGAUGCUAUUUUAUGUAAAGGAGACUUCGGACCAAAAGAACAAAGUGUUUUGUGCCAGACCACGUUUUGACAUUAUUCAACCACACCCAGACUCAUAUGAAGAAGUGUCAUCAGAUGCCAUAACAGUAAGAGGCUUUCAAGAAAAUGAGUGUCGGGAUUAUCGCCUAGAGUAUGCUGAAGGUGAAUCGCUGUUUUAUAUCAUUAGUCCAAGAGAUGUUGUGUUGGCAAAAGAACGAGAUCAAGAUGACCACAUUGACUGGCUUUUGGGGAGGAAGAAAUAUGAGGAAGCACUCAUGGCAGCAGAAAUAAGUCAGAAGAACAUAAAGAGACAUGAUAUUCAGGACAUUGGUAUAGCCUAUAUAGCUCACCUGUUGGAAAAGGGUGCCUAUGAUACAGCAGCCAGAAAAUGUCAGAAAAUACUGGGUAAAAAUAUGAAACUCUGGGAAGAAGAAGUAAUUCGCUUCAAGAAAAUAGGACAACUCAAGGCAAUCAGCAGGUAUAUACCAAGAGGAGAUUUACGCCUGAAACCUGUCAUUUAUGAAAUGAUCUUGGACGAAUUUUUAAAAACGGACCAUGAGAGUUUUGCAACACUAAUUAGAGAAUGGCCUGGAGACCUUUAUAAUGGUAAAAGCAUAGCCAAAGCAUUAAAGGGAUAUCUAAGCCGAUAUCCAGAGAACAGAACAUUACUGGAGGCCCUAGCAGAAUUGUAUACUUAUGAUCAACGUUAUGAUCAAGCUCUUGAAAUUUAUCUUACACUUCGAAAUAAGGAGGCCUUCGAACUCAUACAUAAACAUGACCUGUUCAGCUCCAUCAAAGAUAAGAUCGUCUUACUUAUGGAUUUCGAUAAAGAGAAAGCUGUUGACAUGCUUUUAGACAAUGAGGACAAAAUAUCUAUUGAUAAAGUAGUUGAAGAAUUAGCGCAUAGACCAGAAUUACAGCAUGUGUUUCUUCACAAACUUUUCAAAAGAGAUCACCACAGAGGACAGAAGUACCAUGAGAAACAAAUCCAUUUAUAUGCUGAAUAUGACCGCCCAAAUCUUUUGCCUUUUCUUCGAGACAGUAUUCAUUGCCCACUGGAAAAAGCUCUUGAGAUCUGUCACCAGAGAAAUUUUGUGGAAGAAACAGUAUUUCUCUUAAGCCGAAUGGGAAAUAGCCGCAAAGCCUUACAGAUGAUCAUGGAAGAACUGCACAAUGUUGACAAAGCUAUUGAGUUUGCUAAAGAGCAAGAUGAUUCAGAGUUAUGGGAGGACCUCAUCCUGUAUUCUAUUGACAAACCGAAAUUUAUAAAUGGUUUACUGAACAAUAUUGGGACACACGUUGACCCCAUCCUCCUGAUUCACCGUAUUAAGGAGGGAAUGGAGAUUCCCAAUCUGAGAGAUUCUCUGGUUAAAAUCCUACAGGACUACAAUCUCCAGAUAUUACUAAGAGAGGGUUGCAAGAAAAUUUUAGUAUCUGAUUCUCUUUCAUUGUUAAAGAAAAUGCACAAAACCCAGUCAAAAGCCAUACUGGUGGAUGAUGAGAAAAUCUGUGAAGCAUGCCUGUCUUCUAUUCUUCCCUCAGAUUCUUCCAAACCACUCGGUGUGGUGGUAUUUAACUGCAGACAUAUGUUCCACAGAGAGUGCCUGCCUGUUACUACUAGUACUCCUGUUCAUUUCUGUAACAUAUGCAGUGCAAAGCAUCGUGGACCUGGGAGUGCAAUUUUAGAUUCAUGAGAAGUCGGUGCAAUAUUUACUUUUGAGUUAUACCAUAACUCUACUUCAUUUAAUAGACAAGGCAAGAUUAUAACUAUUUCUGAUUCAUUGUCUGAAAUAAAAUGUCACAUUUG